AUAAAUUAUAGAAAAGAAAAGUUGCACAUCUCUUUUUCACGUUUGCUGAUAAAAAAUGAUGACAGGGUUUCCUGAAGGAUGGUUUUAUAUUCAAUGUCCCAGUCGACAAAAUCAGGUUUUGACUGUCUCAAAAUUCACGAUGCAGCCUUCUGUGAGAGUAGAGCUAUUACCUCAAAAAUUAGGGUUUGACCAUCAGUUAUGGUGUUAUCAUCAAGGCUUCCUCGUCAAUAAACAUUCAGGGUGUGUUCUAGGCACGGAAAGGGAUAGGUUGAAGGAUCAACACAUCUUUCAAUGCAAAAGACUACAUUCAGACAAUCGUAAGCAACAACCGUGGAAGUAUGAUGAACAGGAACAAAAGCUCAUUAUGACAGAUGUUGUUGACCAAGUGGAAUAUGCUUUGUGUGUACCUGAACACGAAAGAAAUAUUUGGUAUGAAACACAACUUCAACUGAUGACAGACGCCACUCAAAGUGCAUCUUCAGCAUUUGAAUGA